CAAACGCACGCGGCGCUUAUGCAGGUGAGAAAGGGACGCUUGGAUUGAGAAUUGCGGGACACUAUGAAGAUUCUCUCGUAGGAAUUUCACAAUAUCUACAUCGGAAUUACAAUUGUCCGUGUUUGUUUCAUUUUUGUUAUUCCCGCGUGGUCAGAGGUUUUGUGCUGGGGAGUUUAUUUUGUAUUUAUUCCUCUCCCUAUUGCCUGUAACUGUGUGAACUAUAAAACACAGACUGCUUGUUAUAAGAGAGUGGAGGUAAAUGAAUCAGAGCGCUCGGAUUCUGCUUGGAUAGGCAACUGGACACACAAUCACUGCUUCUCCACUGCUUCAAGGUAAGAGGACGAGACCCUCCGUAAAGUAGGCUACUGUAUCACCACAACUUGGGAAUCUGUGUGGGCAUUCCAUUGCCACUACUCCGUAUUGGACAUAUCUUCGGACGGGAAAAUUAGGAUUUUGACCAUUUACAUCGUUUCUAUAUCAAUCUUGGAAGAUUUUUUUGUAACUGAAAAUACUUGGACUGAUUUUAAAUUUCAAUUAAAUAAGAUAGCGUUUCUCUAUACGCGCAUAAAAUAUUCGGAUUCCUAAUGAAUUCAUGGCAUAUGACAUGACCGGACUGAACGGACUGUUUCGAUUGUGUUUUGCCCAGUUUUUAUUGAAAGAAGGAAAGAAACAUUAAUUCAGUGGAAACGGGGGAGAGGAGAGCCCGUCCACUUGCUCUUAUUCAGUGCAGUCGAAGCGGUGUGGGAAGACGUCCGGAGGAUGAAGUCUCAUACCUCCUGAAAUGGAGGACUACAAAUAAUCCGACAACGAAAAUUAUUGUUUUCCAAACAGUAUACCAGCAAGUAAACGACAUCCUCAUUUGAUUCAAGGCUUUAAAAUCCAUUCAUUACAUUGCGGGGAACAAUGAGGACUACUGGCGCAGUGGACUAUUUAUGCUACAGUAUACUCAUCCUGCAGCUGCUGAAUCAGCCUGCUGCUAAGCAAGUGCUCCGAUAUCGCUUGGCUGAGGAGGGACCCGCGGAUGUCAGGGUAGGGAACGUAGCCGUGGACCUCGGAAUCGUUGCCGGGUCUGGCGAGGUGACAUUUACCCUCGAGUCCGGAUCAGAUUUUUUCAAAAUAGAUAAUAUAACAGGCGAGCUGACCACCAAUGAACGGCGGAUAGACCGUGAAAAAUUACAGCAGUGUCAAAUGAUAUUUGAUGAAAACGAGUGUUUCAUAGAUUUUGAAGUGUCAGUAAUUGGACCGGCGCAGAGCUGGGUUGACCUGUUCGAGGGGAAAGUCAUUAUUUUAGAUAUAAAUGAUAACACUCCGUCUUUCCCAUCUCCUGUGCUGACCCUAUCCGUGGAGGAGAACAGGCCGAUUGGCACUCUCUAUCUCCUACCCACGGCCACCGACAGAGAUUUCGGUAGGAACGGAAUUGAGAGAUAUGAGCUUAUUCAAGACAGCGGGGAGAGCUCCAGGCGCCUGGGCUCCAACUCAGGUGGUCGCGGGACUGACAGGAGAUUCGACGAGGGGGCAGGCAGGAGCAGCGUCUUUGAACUGCAAGUUGCUGACACAACCGACGGGGAGAAGCAGCCGCAGCUCAUCAUUAAAGGGGCACUGGACAGGGAGCAGAGGGACUCUUAUGAGCUCACCCUGCGUGUUAGGGAUGGGGGCGACCCCCCGCGCUCCUCCCAGGCCAUCCUGAGGGUGAUGAUCACUGAUGUGAAUGACAACAGCCCCCGCUUUGAGAAGGCUGUGUAUGAAGCUGACCUGCCGGAGAACAGCUCCCCUGGUGCCCCCAUCCUGCAGCUGAAAGCAGCUGACGCAGACGUUGGGGUGAACGGUCAGAUUGAGUAUGUAUUCGGCGCAGCAACAGAGUCAGUGCGUAGGCUUUUGAGGCUGGAUGAGAGCUCUGGGUGGCUGAGCGUGCUCCAUCGUAUUGACCGCGAGGAGGUGAGCCAACUGCGCUUUACUGUGAUGGCGAGGGACCGAGGCCAGCCGCCCAAAAUGGACAAGGCCACCGUGGUUCUCAACAUCAAGGAUGAGAACGACAACGUGCCAGCUAUCGAGAUUCGUAAGAUCGGACGCAUCUUCCUGAAGGAUGGAGUGGCCAACGUGGCUGAGGAUGUAGUGGUGGACACGCCUAUAGCUUUGGUCCAGGUGUCAGACCGGGACCAGGGCGAGAACGGAAUCGUGACCUGCACUGUGGUGGGUGACGUGCCCUUCCAGCUCAAACCGGCCAGUGAGAUUGAGGGUGAGAUGAAUAAGAAGAAAUACUUCCUCCAUACAUCAGCGCCGCUGGACUACGAGGCCACACAGGAGUACAACGUGGUCAUCGUGGCGGUGGACUCAGGAAGCCCUAGCCUGGCCAGUAAUAACUCGCUCAUCGUAAAGGUGGGCGACUUCAACGACAACCCACCCAUCUUUAGCCAGAACGUGGUGGAGGUGUCCUUUCCAGAAAACAAUGCCCCCGGCGAGAGGGUGAUCACUGUGCAGGCCAUAGAUGCUGAUAGUGGCAAGAACGCGGAAAUCGCCUACUCCCUCGACUCCUCUGUGAAUGGGAUAUUCUCCAUUAAUGCCGACAACGGUGACAUCAGAGUAAACACCAUUCUGGACAGAGAACAAACAGAGAGGUACCAGUUCAAAGUGAUAGCUAAAGAUAAGGGCAUGCCUAUACUCCAGGGGUCAGCCACUGUGGUAGUCUUAGUGGCUGAUAAGAACGACAAUGAGCCUAAGUUCAUGCAGGAUGUGUUCACCUUCUACGUCAAAGAGAACCUUACACCCAACAGCCCGGUUGGCAUGGUGACCGUCAUUGACGCCGACAAAGGCCAGAACGCAGAAAUGAGCCUCUUCGUCGAGGAAGAGGAGGAGAUCUUCUCCAUUGAGAACGACACAGGAACCAUUUUCUCCACCAUGUCGUUUGACCGCGAGCAGAAAACCACCUACACGUUCCGGGUCAAGGCUGUGGACAGCGGAGACCCACCCAGAUCCGCCACUGCCACCGUGUCGCUCUUCGUGAUGGACGAGAAUGACAACCCGCCGACCGUUACCUUCCCCAUCAAUAGCUCAUACACCCUCCUGCCCCCCUCCAGCAAUGUUAGGACUGUAGUACGAACUGUCAUGGCCACCGAUACCGACACUGGGAUCAACGCUGACCUAAACUACAGUAUCAUCGGGGGCAACCCUUUCAAACUGUUUGAGAUUGACGGGGGAAGUGGGGUCAUCUCACUGGUGGGGAAGCUGGAGCAGAAACACUAUGGCCUCCACAGACUGGUGGUCCAGGUGAACGACAGUGGCCAGCCCUCGCAGAGCACCACCACCAUGGUGCACGUCUAUGUCAACGAGACCCUCUCCAACUCCACCAUCGUUGAGGCCCAGGUGGCUAAGAGCCUGGGCACUCCGCUCAAUACCAAUAUCGCCGGUGACCCCAACUACGACCUGGGCAAGCAGCGGCUGAGCAUUGUCAUCGGCGUGGUGUCGGGCAUCAUGACGGUAAUCCUCAUCAUCCUCAUCGUGGUCAUGGCUCGCUACUGCCGCCCCAAGAACAAGAAUGGCUACGAGGCGGGCAAGAAGGACCACGAGGACUUCUUCACCCCUCAGCAGCAUGACAAGGGCAAGAAGCCCAAGAAGAACAAGAAGAACAAACAGCCGUUGUACAGUAGCAUUGUCACCGUCGAGGCCUCCAAGCCCAACGGCCAGCGCUACGACGGCGUCAACGAGAAGCUGUCCGACAGCCCCGGGAUGGGCAGGUACCGCUCCGUUAACGGAGGGCCCGGAAGCCCGGAUUUGGCCCGGCACUACAAGUCCAGCUCGCCACUGCCCACGGUCCAGCUCCACCCCCAGUCGCCCACGGCCGGGAAAAAGCAUCAGGCUGUUCAGGACCUGCCCCCUGCCAACACCUUCGUUGGCACCGGAGAUAACAUUUCCCUUGGAUCUGACCACUGCUCCGAGUACAGCAGUCAAACCAUCAACAAGUACAACAAACAGACACCCGGACCUUGCCUGACGUAGCCAUGACAGGCAAGUGCACCCGGGAAUGUGAUGAGUACGGCCACUCGGACUCCUGCUGGAUGCCUGUGCGCACGUCGCCCGAGCGACGGCCCAAGACGACCACCACCCAACAACCAAAGC